AUGUUGAGGAACUUCAUUUUUACUAGAUCAUUACAUACAUCAUUACCAAGAUUAGUUGAGCCUGUAUUUGCUAAUGUAGCAAAACCAACAACUCCAGCACCAACCCAACCCAUCAGUCAAAAUACUGCCAAUACUAGUAGCAAGAAAAACCUAGCACAUGGUAAGAAACAUGAAGUUGUGGUUAAAUAUGUUUUGAAUGGUUAUUUCACUAAAAACAACACACAUUUUACUUACUCUGCUGUUGCAGAAGAUUUAAAUUUCUUACAAAACAAUGCAAAUUUAUCAUACAAUGAAAAAUAUUUGUACUACUUGAAACUUCCUCACAAGGUGCAAUUUAACAUUUCUACUGGUCACUUAGGAUUUAGAAAAGCUGCAAGAGGUGAGUACGAAGCUGGCUUUCAGACGGCAACUAAGGUGUUCCAAAUGAUUAGGGGGAAAAAUUUAUUUAAUAGUAAUAUUGAGAUUGUUUUGAGAGAUUUUGGGAAAGGUAGACAAGCUUUUAUGGCUGCGUUAAAUGGGAAGGAAGGCGAUUUUAUAAGGAAUUACAUUACUAGAAUCAGUGAUAAUACCAGAUUGAAGAUCGGUGGUGUUAGACCACCAAGAACCAGGCGUUUGUAA